AUGGCUACCCCUAGUGUCCUCGCUUUUGACGCUGAGGGUCGAGCCAUUGACUUUGAGGUCUGGGUCGACGACCUGCAGCUGUUUUUACAGUGCGAUAGGGCGGACGGUCUUUCUCUCUUUGACCUCACCUCUGGCGCCUCCCCUGCUCCUGCUGCUGAUGCUCACCCCACUGUUCGCUCUCAGUGGGCCACCCGCGAUGCUACUGCACGUCUUGCUGUGCGUCGCCACCUGCCUACCACUAAGCGCGCGCACUUUAGUCAGUACAAGAGUGCUCAGACCUUGUACGACGCUGUAGUUGCGCGCCACUCUUCCCCUCCCACUGCUGCACUGAGCCGCCUCAUGCUACCGUACCUCUUCCUGGACCUUGCUGCCUUUCCUACUGUUGCUGACCUCAUCACGCACCUCCGCACUUCUGACACUCGCUACCGCGCCGCACUUCCUGCUGAGUUCUGCGCCAGGAACCCCCCCCCAUGCCCUCCUAGCGCAGAGAAGAGCAUAGUUGCUAUAGGAGCCUCUCGUGGUGACCCGGGCACCCCCAUCUUUGAGGGGUGUUCUCCUUCCCCCCUGCUGCCCUCUGUUGCCUCUGCUGCUGCUGCCGACCUGCUUGGUCUUGAGUCGGUCGGCGCGGCGUCUGCCCCUAGCGGGAGAUGCCGCCCUGGCAAGGGCAAGGGGGGCAAGGGCGCGGGUGGAGCUGGCAGGGGCGGUGGAGGUGGCAGUGGUGGUGGCGGAGGGAGUGGGGGUGGCGGUGGGAGUGGUGGUGGGGGUGGUGGUGGUGGUGGCGGCAACGGAGGCGGCGGCGGUGGCGGCGGCGGCGGUGGGAGCGGAGGCGGCGGUGGUGGCGGAGGUGGAGGCGGCGGUGGCGGAGGAGGUGGAGCCGGUCGGGGUAGUGCCCCGCAGCAGAGCGGCUCUGGUGGUGGUCAGCGCCAGCAGCAGCAGCAGCAGCAGCAGCGUUCUCGGGACAUCCCCCCGCCUCAGCAGCUCCGUGAGUGGUAG